GGGAAUGCAACGACUGAAUCAAGGUGGGCGGCUUUGACACCUCAGUGCGGUGCGGGGCUGAAUUUUGCUCCCAGCCCAGCGACCCUCCGCAACGCCUGCUCGUGCGGGUGAGGGAGCCGAAGACGUGAAGCAGGAAGAGGAUUCUGAACCAGGCCAGAUGUCCGAAUCUAUUGCUCCUGAUUCGGCCGCGGGAGCCUUCCGCGGUCGAGGCAUGGCUCGCGGCGUUGUACCAGGUCGAGGAACCGCCACACGUGGUCGAGGAUCUGGUCUGCCCGCUGGCCCUCGUGCUGGCGCGGGCCUGCCAGCAAAUAUCCCAACUGGCCCCAAGGCGGGUCGAUUCAAGGAUAAGGAUCGUGUGGAUAUGACGUCUUCGUCGAAUGCGCUGGAUUACGGCGAUGAUGGAACGGAUCCGCAAGGCCGAGGUGAUGAUGAGUCGAGGAAUGGGUCGAUCAGUCCGGUGAAAAAUGCCUCCAGACGACGGAGAGAGAGGAGCUUUGACGACGGUGAUGACGAUGACCGCGAUGAUUAUCGCUCUCAAUCUCGAUCAAGAUCCCGGACGCCAGUCCCCAGAACUCGGAGUGUGACACCGAGAGACAACGACAGGAGUCUGAGCCCAGUCAGGGGUAACAAGCGAAGUGGACGGUCCGACAAAGAUAGGGACAGGGAGAGGGAGAGGGACAGAGAUAGAGAUAGGACGAGCCGGAGACGCGGUGGGGGCGGGGAUGAAGAUGAGUAUGGAUCUACAGAUAAACGGAGAGAAAAGCGGAAGAGGGAUGAUGGAUCUGGUGGGACCGCGCUACUUGGUCCAGGGGGGUGGGAAGAGGAAGAGGGCGAUGAGGAGAAGAGGUCAGGGCGUAGACGGAGAAGUGUCUCUGAAGAUGAUAGUGACAGGUAUUCUAGGCGUAGUCGAAGACGGUAGGGUAGGCGAGGGAGAAGGCUUCGAUCGAGAAUUUAUUGUCGGCGAGCUGCGUCAGACCUUUGCUCGUUCAUGCAGCAGUGCUUGUCAUC